AUGGCUAGCUUCUUCUCAGAUAUAUGGCUUUCCGUAUUUGAGCCCGGCACCAAUAAGUCCCUUGUCAUCGCAACCCAUAUAUCCUUUGCACUACUUCAAGUAGUAUUACUUGCCCUUCUUGUGGCCACGGAAAGCGGACAUUUCGUAUUUUUGAGCCUCAUCUGCGGGGGCCUAUGGGCGGCGAUUACGUGGUUUAUCAAAGAGGUCGAGGCGAUAAAAAAAGCGGAGGCACUGGAGAAGGAGAAGGAAGGGGAGGGGGAGAGGAUAAAUGACAGUGAGGAGGUCAAGAAGGUUAAAUAG